GUAGACCAUUCUGGCCCAUCUGGGUCUUAGCCAGCCCAUUUAUUAGCGUUCCUUCUCUAACCUUUUCCCCAAGGAGAGAAACGAGAAAGGAUCACCGUGGAACCGAUCGAAUCGCAGCGAAGCAGCGGCGGCGGCGGCGGCGAUGGGGAUCGGCGAGCACUUUGAGGGCGUGAAGCAGCACUGGGCGCGCAACUUCGCCUUCCUCGACUACUUCAAGAAGGUCUACGGCCGCGACCAGCCCCUCCCCAAGUGGUCCGACGCCGACGUCGAAGAGUUCAUCGCCUCCGACCCCGUCUACGGCCCCCAGCUCAAGGCCCUGAGGGAGUCCAGGAAGUUCGCGCUCGGCGGGGCCCUGGCCGGCGCCGCGCACCUCGGCGGCGUUGCCUUCAAGUACUCCAAGAGCCCGCACGGUGUCGUGCUGGCGACCGGGUUCGGAGCGCUCACAGGCGCCGUGCUCGGGUCGGAGGUGGCCGAGCACUGGUACGAGCUCUACAAGAUGGACAAGCAGGGGGCCAACCUCAGGUUCAUCUACUGGUGGGAGGACAAGGUCUCAGGCCAGAAGAACUGAAGAAGACUUCUGCAUAAGCUUAUGCCUGUUUCAGCAUACUGGUUUGACAAGACAAUGAUGUCUCCAGUUUGGGAUUUCUAGUUUUUACUUCCUAGUCUUUUUCCAAUAAGGUGCAUAUUGGCCAUCAACUGGACAAUGUAUUUUAUUUUCUCUACUAUGGGUUGCUCUCAGUUUCUCUAUGAUGUUCAUGUUUGCACCUAUGGAAAACUAAAUGCCAGUACUUUUCAGUCUAUCAGUUCGCACAUGACCUGUAAGUAUUCAAUGACCGUAAAAAUAAUAUCGGGGAUGCCUACUUUCUUCAAAA